GCUUGGUUUCAGCCCCACACACAACUCUCCAUCUUAUCUUUAUCUUUUAAAAGAAACCCUAAUUCACCUCUACCCUUCUUACCUACUUGACCCCAAAAAAUGGUAGAAUUCUUAAGGCAAAAGAAAAAGAAAAACCCAUCCCUUAAAUCUAAAAAUAUUUACUUUUUCAACACCUUCAAGCAAAACCCAAUUAAAAUUUCAUAUAUAUAUUUUUUGCUUUGGGGGGCUGUAAACUAAUUUACUGAAGUGCUCUGUUUAAUGAUGAUGGAAAAUUCAAGUUUCCCAGAAAACAAUACAGUCGCCUACAACGUCAGCUUAGAGAAUGAAGAGAGUGAACGGAAUUUUUCUUCAGGCAACCGUUGGCCGAGGCAAGAGACUUUAGCUCUGUUGAAGAUAAGGUCUGAAAUGGAGGUCGCUUUUAGAGACUCCGGUGUAAAGUCUCCUCUCUGGGAAGAAAUUUCCAGGAAAAUGGCUGAGCUGGGAUAUAUUAGAAGUGCCAAGAAAUGUAAAGAGAAAUUUGAGAAUAUCUACAAAUAUCACCGGAGAACCAAAGGAGGCCGGUCCGGGAAAUCAAACGGGAAGAAUUAUAGGUUUUUUGAGCAAUUAGAAGCUUUGGAUCAUCAACCUUCUUUGCUUCCACCUGUCAGUGGGAAUUUCAACACCCCAGUAGAGCCUUUGAAUGUUAUCCAUGAUGCUAUUCCGUUUUCAGUCCAGAACCCUGCUUUGAAUUUCAAUGAAACCUCUACCUCUAUGACUUCUUCUUCCGGUAAGGAGCCGGAUGAAUCAGAAGGGACUAAAAAGAAAAAGAGGAAACUGACCUACUAUUUCGAGGGGUUGAUGAGGGAGAUGAUGGAGAAGCAAGAGAAUUUGCAGAAGAAGUUUAUAGAGGCAAUAGAGAAGCUUGAACAGGAUAGGAUGGCUAGAGAGGAAGCAUGGAAGGAACAAGAAUUGGCCCGGAUUAAGAGGGAGCGCGAGGUUUUGGUGCAAGAGAGAUCAAUUGCAGCUGCUAAAGAUGCUGCCGUGUUAGCAUUCCUACAGAAGUUUUCGGAUCAAUCUACCCCUGAGCAAUUGCCUGAGACCACAUUCCCUGUCGAGAAAGCCGUUGAUAGGCAAGAAAAUAGCAAUGGUAGCAAGAGUUAUAUGCACCUAAGUAAUUCUCGUUGGCCCAAAGAUGAAGUUGAGGCUUUGAUAAGAUUGAGGACUACUCUUGAUUUGCAAUAUCAAGACAAUGGUCCCAAAGGCCCUCUGUGGGAAGAGAUAUCAACAGCAAUGAAAAAACUUGGCUACAACCGAAGUGCAAAGAGAUGUAAAGAGAAAUGGGAGAAUAUGAACAAGUACUUCAAAAGAGUGAAAGAAAGCAAUAAGAAACGCCCCGAGGAUUCCAAGACAUGUCCUUACUUUGACCGGCUAGAUGCUCUAUACAAAGAAAAAACUAAAAGUAUUGAUGGCUCAGUUAAUUCCGGUUAUGAUUUAAAGCCCGAGGAACUUUUGAUGCACAUGAUGGCUGCCCAAGAAGAACGACCACAUCAAGAAUCAGCAACAACGGAGGAUGGUGAAAGCGAGAAUGCCGAUCAAACUUGGGAUGAAACCAGAAACACCGAUGGAGUAGGAGGAGAAGGAGAUGCUUAUCAAAUCCUAGGUAAUGAUCCUUCUCCAAUGGCAAAUAUUGGUUGAUAGUUGGACAAAUAGUGGAAUUUCCUUUUCCGAAUGCUUAAAUUUUGUUAAAGUGAGUCAGGGUCCAUAGUUUAGCGUCUGUAAAAUAGUUGUGUGGAGGGCAUAUUUGAGUUUUGAGAAGUUUAUUUUGAUACAGCAUGGCCAUAAAUGUAUAGGUUCAUCAUCAUUUGUUUUGAAUAAACUAUGUGGGACAAAGCGAGUAGAAUAAACAAUGUGUGUUUUUCAAACAAACUUUUUUUAAGCUCUUGAAAGGUGAGGAAAAAAGUGGGAAAUGGUUUGGUUUGAUUGGUUUUCUUGUGAUUGUAAUGCAUGACUCGGUGUAGAAUUGCCUCAGCAUUCAACAAGGUUUGAAAUUUUUGAUAAAGUAGUAAUCAUUACACUCGUGUGCCUGCA